CUGAGAUUCUCAAUUUUAGAGUUCAACUACCCCAUUCGGUAAGCGCGUCGGGGACCUGAUCCGGAAUAGUUCUUUUCUUCUUCAACCGUAUAUUUGUCACAGUCAACACCAAGGCUGUUCUAAUUCAUCCCGUCAGUCCUAUAUUAGACUUCAAGAUGUCCUCCAUACCAACCCAAAACAUCUACGAUGACCCCAAAUUCUUCAAGGCAUACAGCACACUUCCCCGAUCCCAACAUGGCUUCGACGCAGCCCCCGAAUGGCCGGUGUUGCAAGAGAUGGUCUUGAAGAACAACAAACCAGGGAAUCCUGGCAUUCAGAAUGAACAUAUUUUGGAUCUAGGCUGCGGUUACGGUUGGUUCACCCGCUGGGCUCGAGAAAACGGAGCCAAACAUGUCAAAGGCAUGGAUGUAUCGAUAAAGAUGAUCGAGAGGGCUAAAGAGUCCGAGAAGGGCCUGCAAGCAAAAGGAAAUAUUCCGCCUUCUUAUGGGACACUAUGUUAUGAAGUCGGCGAUCUUGAGACGAUAUCCUUCAGCGCAUCCGACACAGACUCAUACGAUCUAGUCUACAGUUCGUUGACGUUCCAUUACAUCGAAGAUUUCUCAAGAUUGCUUCAGCAAAUCCGACUUUGCUUGAAGAAAGGUGCCCCAGAGGAUGGUUCUAGGAAAGGAGGAAGACUGAUCUUUUCAGUGGAACAUCCCAUCUGUACAGGUCCAGUUAAUCCAGAACCUGACUGGAAGGUUCUGCCAAACGAAGAUGGCGAUGGAGCGGAUAGAAAGAUUUGGCCUUUGAAUUCCUACAGUGAUGAGGGCCCGCGUGUGACGAGCUGGCUGGGUGUUGAUGGGGUCAGAAAGUACCAUCGAACCGUGGAGACCUAUGUUACUGCGUUGCUCAAGAAUGGCUUCGUCUUGACUGGAUUGAAGGAUUGGGUUCCUUCGAAGUAUGACGUUGAGGAGCAUCCCGAAUGGAAGGAUGAAAGGCAUCGGCCGUAUUUUCUGCUCAUCUCUGCUGAGGUCCAUUCAGAUUAUUAAAAAUAGAUUGGCUUCCUCGUAUGUAUAUACCUUGUGCAUACCC